AUGACUAUGGAAGCUCGAGUCGGUGUUGUGGUGGAAGGAGGUCAGAGAGCUCUUAAUUCGGCCACCGCCUCCGCCGUGCAUAACAGCGUCGUAGACGCCGGAAACAGGAAAAUCUUACAGCAACAACCGCAGACUCAGACCAAAAGCUGCCACAAUCAACACAACCAAAGUAAUAAACAGUCGCUGAAUCAGAAGCAAGGCGGCUCCAUUGCGCAUUUAGUCGCCGGCGGAAUUUCCGGCGCAUUCAGUAAGACGUGCACCGCUCCUCUCGCUCGACUCACCAUCUUGUUUCAGAUACAAGGUAUGCAGUCGGAAGCUGCAAUUUUGAGCAGUCCGAACAUUUGGCGUGAAGCUUCUCGUAUUGUAAACGAGGAAGGUUUCAGAGCUUUUUGGAAAGGAAACCUCGUUACUGUAGCUCACCGGCUUCCCUAUUCUGCAGUAAAUUUCUACGCAUAUGAAGAAUUCAAUACUCUUUUCUACUCAAAUCCAGUGGUGCAAAGGUAUAAAGGAAAUGCAAGUUUGGACAUUUUAGUGAACUUUGUAAGUGGUGGCCUUGCUGGAAUGACAGCUGCUUCGGCUACUUACCCUCUCGAUCUUGUAAGGACACGGCUUUCUGCACAGACAAGCUCAAUGUAUUAUCAGGGCGUUGGGCAUGCUUUCCGUACCAUUUGCAGAGAAGAAGGAUUUUGGGGCAUGUAUAAAGGACUUGGUGCUACAUUGUUGGGUGUCGGUCCAAGCCUAGCAAUCAGCUUCUCAGCGUAUGACUCUCUGAAAAAAUUAUGGCUAUCUCAUAGGCCUAGUGAUUCACAAGUUAUGGUUAGUCUUGGUUGUGGAAGUCUCUCCGGAAUUGCUUCCUCGACAGUGACAUUCCCGUUGGACUUGGUGAGAAGAAGAAUGCAGUUGGAAGGAGCUGGUGGGCGAGCGAGAGUGUAUAAGACAGGACUCUUUGGAACAUUCAAAUAUAUAUUUAAGACAGAAGGCAUGAGAGGGCUAUAUAGAGGAAUCUUACCAGAAUACUACAAAGUGGCUCCAGGUGUUGGCAUUGCCUUCAUGGCAUAUGACAGAUUGAAGAAACUUUUAUCGUCUGCCCCCAAUUAA